AUGUCCUAUAAACGCUCUCGCGCGACCUACGAGGCUGACCUUCACGCACCCUUUGCGACUUUUGGCACGCCGCUGCCUGACGACCCCGAAGCCCGAGAUGAUGGCUCCUUUGUGCCAAUUUGGAAGCAGGAGGUGAGGGAUGAGAGGGGUAGGAAACGACUUCACGGCGCAUUUACUGGAGGAUGGAGCGCAGGGUACUUCAACACGGUCGGAUCUAAAGAGGGUUGGACACCUUCGACCUUCGUUUCCAGUCGCAAUAACCGCCGCAAAGAUGACGCCGCUCCCGCGCAACAGCGACCCGAAGAUUACAUGGACGAGGAGGAUCUUGCUGAUGCCGCGGAAGCUCAGAAGCUCCAGACCUCGCAGGCCUUUGCAGGCCUUGGAUCUUCGGGGCAAGAAGCUGGCAGUGGAGGCUUGAUGGGAUUACUCAGAGCUGAUGGCGACACCAUGGGCUUGAAGCUGCUUCGGAAGAUGGGCUGGAGGGAUGGCCAAGGCAUUGGCCCCAAGAUUCGAAGAAGCGCCCGGCUCGACCUUGGCGGAAGCUCCGAAGCUGGCGAAACACAUUUAUUCGCUCCUGACAACACAAAGAUGAUUCAGUUUAUACGAAAAACUGACCGAAAGGGCUUGGGCCAUGAGGGGGAAGCUAAAUUGACGGGCCUCAGCAAAAUUACAGCUGCAGCAGACGAUGACGACGACGAGGAGGAACCCCAAAGUGGCGGCUUACGAAGUAUGUCCUUACUUUCCACGGGCAGGCAAAAACCCAAGCCUGGACGUGGUGGCAUUGGAGUGGGCAUUUUAAACGACAAUGGCUCUGAUGAGGAGGAUCCUUAUGAAAUCGGACCCAAGAUUCGGUACAAUCGCGUCAUUGGAGGUGACAAGAAGAAGAAAAAGGCCAAAAAGGCGGCUGCUCCUGUCAAUCCAGCUUUGAAGAAUGUGCCGGUAUUUGUAUCCAGGACUGCCCGAGCCGGUAAUGGCCUUCGUCGAUGUCACGAUGGGCGUUUACCUCUGGAUGGCUUUGUUCUCGCCAAGAUUACCGAGGAUCUGGCUGACCUCUUGUUGGAAUAUGCACCGCCCCCUGUUCCAGAGGGAUGGGUGUCUUCCAAAGCGCCGACAAACCAGGCAACAUCUACCACAUACACGUCAACAGCGGACGCAGCCAAAGCGUCCACACACGAUGCCAAGUCAAGAGCAGCACUUCUCGGGGAGAAGGCUCUGCCUGGGAAAUCCGUAAAAGAUCUCCCUCCCGGGCUUGGCGAGGUGCCAGAAGGUUUCGCUAUGACGGAGGAGGAAAAGCAACAGGCGCUGUGGGACGAAGCACCGAAGUUGGAUCGUGAAACAGCCGUUGCAGCGAUAUCAAGAGGCUCGGCUGGACCAUACGCAGACGACGAGUCGAAAAAGGCCCGUUAUCGAACAUAUCUGGAACACUUUGCAACCGGUAGUCAGCCGUUGCCGUACAAGCCUAAAGGAAUGGCGGACGAUGAUUUCGCGCGGGAACUAGCCGAGUUUUAUAACUGCGCUAGGAUUUUCAAGCCCAUGACGGGGUUCAUGGCAUCUCGCUUCACAACAGCGAAGAAACCAUCAGUCACUUCAACAGACGGGUCAACAGGGGCUGAGCUUCUGUCAAAACCCGAGCCAAAAGCGGCUGAUCCGGCAGAGGAGGCGGCCAAGGUUGGCAUGUAUGGCAAGUUGACCAGAACAGUCGAGGACUUUUACCCAACUAGACUGUUGUGUAAGCGGUUCAACGUCAAGGCACCGGCGAGCUCUCGACCGGACAAGGAAGCAGAGACAAGUAACUCAAGAGGCCCAGGGCCGAAGGAGGACACAGGAGGCAUGACGGCCCCUGCUGAAGAGACCAAAUACAUCGAGAGCGCUCCAUCAACAACAGGAACAACGCCAACUCCCAAACCGGAGCCGGUUAUCAACCCAGACAAGAAUGAGGCUUUGGAGGGAAAGACAGCUCAUGAUGAGCGAAUGAUAUCUAGUAAUAGACUUCACAGCGCGACUGAGAAGCCACUGUCUGGGAAACGAGGCCCCAUUCGACUGUUCGAACUACCGACGCUUCACCCUGCUUUGCCUAGUACUCUUGCAUUUAAUGUUGCAACCCCGACAUUAGGUUAUUCGCCUCCUCAACUUCGAAUCGGUGAACCAGUCCUCUCGACCACCUUCUCUCUCCCCCAUCCAUCAGCCCGCGCGCUCUUCUAUCGUACGCCGAUCUGGCCAUCAUCGACGACGCCCAGCACGCGCACAUCGUCAAUCCAUCAUCGCGAGCCGACACCCGAAGAUCUCAAGACCCCCGAACAACCCGAGUCGCACAUUCUCUUGAGCCGCGAGCAAUCACCGCCGCCGCAAUAUCCCGCCUCUGAGGCUUCUUCCUCGCGCCCUCCCCCAUUCUCGUCGCUCUUUACCUCACCACCGGAUCACGCCCACCAGCGUCCCAGCAAGUUCACCACCUUUGUCGUCACUUCUCACUGCGAAGGAGAAGCUUCAGGCUCUGCCGCGCCAGCAUACGAGUCUUUUACCGCCCCGCGAGUAGCACAGCCUUUUGACCCGGACCAGACCGCCAGUGCCUUUCGCGAUCCAGUCGCAGAGACCAAGCGCGCACUUCCCCAGGAUACCAAAGGGGAUUCCAGUCGCAAGGACGACGACGCAGAACCGCCACCGGCUUAUUCGGAGGGAGACAGUCCCCUCCUCACAUUCUCGUACCUGAUGGCUGCCGCAGGAGGAGCUUCGAGUAUUAUUACUCAGGUGCAGCAGGGCGGGCCGCCUGUUAACACCAUUGGAGAUGUCGGCGCCGAUGAGACGAUUGCUAUGGACCUUAGGGGCACCAGGUUCUACCUCUCUAGAGAUGAGUUGCUCACUUUGCCCGAGUUUGUACUGCUAUCCUUGUUCCCCAAUGGACUCUUCCCUGAAGGACACAUGGGUGGUUUCUCGGAUGGAGAUGCCGUACAAGUAGACUACGACCCUGCUUCUCUGCAGUAUAUGCUUGACUUCUUCCGGGAUGUGGCACAAUCGAUCCCCACAGACCCGUCACCAAGUGUGUCGCAGGAUGAAGAUGUGCCUUCUCUUGGGGCCUCGCGCGACGACUCUAAGCGAGCCGGCAUCAUUGUACUCCGCGAGGACCUGGACUUUUACGCCAUUCCUCCGCGACCAGACAUUGGCCAGCUUGACAUGAUUGCUGUGAAGCGGGCCGCUGCAGAGGCUCUGCAGCAGCAGGACGGCAUCUUUUCCGGUUUGAAGCGAAGUGACGAGCCUGGUACCACUGAGGCCCAUCUUAUUGAGAUGUUGACGGCAGGUGGCUUCAACCACGACGACCGAUGGGGUCACCGCGCAGGCGAGCCCAACAAGGCCGUCAUCUGCAGUCUGGCGCUCGCCCGGCUGCGCAGCGACAUCCGCGGCAACGAGAUGGGCAACAACGCCGUAGGCAUGGCGCAAAAGCUCCUCCUCUUCUGGCGCAAGCCCGCGCGACGAUGCUGGUGGGAAGGCGUCGAGCUCGAAAACGUCGAAGGUGUCGAGGGCAAGCUCAAGGUCUGGAUCCGAAGAGUAUGGACCCUUGAGAUGAGCGUUAUUGGCCUACGUUAG